AUGCCAGGCCCAACGGCAGUCCCAAUCGACACUGUCAUGGCCAAUGGCACUCCAAACGGCGUCAAUGGCAACGGCCAUACCCCCCGGACACCCUCGCUCACGGGCCUGUCACUCACCGAGUACAGCGCAAACCCGUCGCCGCCAUCGGAGGACAAGCAGGCGCGCAUCAGAAGCAUCGUGCCAGAGCACUUCUUAUUGCCUAAUGGGCACCCUGAUGUUCGUAAACCGACUGUUCCAUUGCGCGAGUACCUACGCUUGAUCCUCACCUCUCGUGUCUACGAAGCAUGCAAAGAAACGUCGCUCACGCCCGCCGUGAACCUGUCCAACCGACUCGAGUGCAAUGUUCUGCUCAAGCGGGAAGACGAGCAGCCCGUGUUCAGCUUCAAGCUGCGCGGCGCCUAUAACAAGAUGGCGCAUCUCGACCAAAACAAGAGCUGGAAGGGCGUGGUCGCCUGCAGUGCCGGAAACCACGCCCAAGGAGUCGCUUACUCUGCCCGCAUACUCAAGAUCCCUGCCACCAUUGUCAUGCCCUCGGGCACACCCGGUAUCAAGCACAGGAACGUCUCGAGACUAGGUGGUUGCGUCGUGCUUCACGGUGCCGACUUCGAUGCUGCCAAGGAAGAGUGUGCACGGCUAGAGAAGCAACAUGGGCUGAUCAACAUACCACCUUUUGAUGACCCCUAUGUCAUUGCUGGACAGGGUACUAUAGGCAUGGAACUCUUGCGACAGACCAACAUCCAGAAGCUCGAGGCCAUAUUUUGUGGUAUUGGGGGAGGCGGUCUCAUUAGCGGUAUCGGUGUUUAUGUCAAGAGAAUUGCACCACACGUCAAGAUCAUCGGCGUCGAAACAGAAGAUGCAAAUGCCAUGGUCCAGUCUCUGGAGAAGGGCGAGAGAGUCGUUUUGAAGGAAGUCGGCCUGUUCGCUGACGGUACUGCCGUCAAGACGGUCGGCGAGGAGACCUUCCGUAUAUGCCAGGAGGUCGUCGAUGAGGUUGUCCAGGUCAAUACCGAUGAGACUUGCGCCGCUAUCAAGGAUGUGUUCGAGGAUACUCGAUCCAUCGUGGAACCAGCAGGGGCAUUGGCACUCGCCGGCUUGAAGAAGUGGGUUGCCGCCCACCCGUCAAGUGACACGAACCGGUCUCUCGUCGCUAUCACCAGCGGCGCCAACAUGAACUUUGACAGGCUGCGCUUCGUCGCAGAGCGUGCCACCCUCGGUGAGGGCAAGGAAGCUCUGCUGUGCGUUAGUAUCCCGGAGCGGCCGGGUGCUUUCGCCGAGCUGAUAAACAAUGUCCUGCCGCACGCCGUCACCGAGUUCUCGUAUCGCUUCGCUACGAACGAGGUGGCCAACGUGCUGAUCGGUAUCUCAUUGACGGCGGCGGCAGCACAGAGGGUGCAGGAGCUACAGUCACUCAUGGAGCGCAUCACCAGCUCCGGAAUGAAAGUGACAGACCUGUCUGGCGAUGAGCUAGCCAAGACACAUAUCCGCUACCUCGUUGGUGGACGGUCUGACGUUGCAGACGAGAGGCUAUACAUGUUCAACUUCCCCGAACGGCCGGGAGCCCUGGAGAAGUUCCUGCGGACGUUACGGCUGCGGUACAACAUCAGCCUGUUCCAGUACCGAAAUGGUGGGAGCGACGUGGGCAAGGUGCUGACCGGCAUUCAAUGCCCCGAUGCCGAGAUGGCCGACCUGGAGAAGUCGCUGAAGGAGAUCGGAUAUCCGUGGGAGGACUGCACGCACAGCGCCGUGUUCAAAACGUUUCUGAGAAGUUGA